UCUUUCUCUCUCUUGGUUACAUAUUAUUUUAUUUUUAGGUCAGAACUGGAAAUGUACACUAUUUACCAGCAAAGGAGGAUGGAAAAGGUGAACCCCAAGGGACUAGCUGGCUUAGGGGUACCCUUUCCCUACUCCAGCAUCCCAGCUGGCCCAGCCCCUUACCACGGCAGGAGUGUGCUCCCUGCCAGUGACCUGCAUUUUCACAGAAGUGUCCUCAGGCACUUUCAGGAAAACCCUGUUCUUAGGCCACAUGUUCUAGAGAGCUGGGGGCAGAAAUACCGACCCAGGAGAGGCACAGGGUACCAGAAACCUCUAGACGGUGAUACUGAAAGUUCCAAAAGUCAAGCAGAAGAAAAAAUCCUAGGCCAGAUGCCGGCAGCUCCCUAUGAAAAGGAAGAGUAUGCAAAAGACCCAGAGAUUGAGAUAUGCCAUACGCAGAGGUCAAGCGAAACCAGUGAAAAGCCAACACCACCUCUCACCAACCCCUGUGGAGCACUCCUGUCCACCCAUAGGAAACCCUGGGCUGUUCCCACCACACCCCUGGGAAAGGCCUGGGACUGUGGGAAGGAAGAAGCUGAAGAGCAGGCGCCUGGAGAGCAUGGUGAGAAGAACGGGCUUUCCUCCUCAACCCCUCCACUGUGUGUGCCAGGAACACAUGCCCUGGCUCCACCUGGGGAAAGUCUUCCUUUGGACGAAGAUCUUCAGAAGUGGACCGUGGAUGACGUGCAUGACUUCAUCAGAAGCCUUCCAGGCUGCUCUGACUAUGCACAGGUAUUUAAAGAUCAUGCAAUUGAUGGAGAAACUCUGCCGUUACUCACAGAGGAGCACCUUCGUGGCACCAUGGGAUUGAAGCUGGGGCCAGCAUUAAAAAUUCAGUCGCAGGUAUCUCAGCACAUGGGAAGUAUCUUCUACAAGAAAACUCUUUCAUUUUCUACCCAUACAAGACAAGCAUUGGAUCAACCAGCAGAUAUAUCCCCUCUUUUGGAUUUUAAUUCCUGGAGUGAUACAUUGAGCAUUCCCUGUUCCCAGGAUUAG